GAAAGUUUUAUAUGCAGGCUUAAUAACUCACUGUGGAGGAGGAUAAAAAUCAGCGUCACACCCUUUAAAGCUCUUUUGGAUUUUUACUCCAACCCCCCCACAAUGGAAUUAUCUAGCAUCGUUAUCUUCACAUUGGUGUUGGGUAUUAUCGCUACGGCGUUAGUGUACCUUUCCCAAACCUUUUCGCUUAAAUCCUUAACCACCAAGGCAGGCAAGCCAAACUUUUUGGUCCUCGGUCCGAACAACGGUGGGAAAACCACGCUCACCCAGAGAUUGGUGGAACAUUCGCUCGCCGCUGUGAAUUUGGACAGCCAGUCGGAGGAGGAUGCUACCGCGUUGAAAGACCAGCAGCCCACCAAGUUCCAAACUGUGAUGACCACGGAACCCCAGACCUACAAAGUUCCGUUCCCGAUUGCCGGUACUUCGGGCAUGAAAAAACAGGUCUUUAAUGUCAUUGACUACCCGGGCCACGUCUCCCAGAAAAACUUGUUGCUAGCUAGUUUGAGAAAGACCCUUUUACCGACUAUUAAGGGUGUCGUGGUUGUGAUUGACUCCACCUGGUCCAAGGCUGAACUUGAGCAAUUGUGCGCCAACUACCUCAUUCCGUGCUUGCAGAUCACUGAAAGCAAGUUCGGCGGCGUCAACUAUCUCUUUGCUGUUAACAAGACCGAUUUGUUCAACUCUCAGUCCGUGCUCAAGCUCAAAACCACUCUUGAAGCCGAAAUUAACAACUUGUUGAAAUUAGCUGCUCAGAACGUCAACACCAUCGCCGAAAACGAAACCAAGAGUGCGAUCGAAGACGACGAUGCCACUGGCAUCACUGGCUUCCACUUAGCAGCCGCGGGGAGCUUCACGUUUGACCAGUUGGACGGUAACAUGGACUUUUUAGGCGGCUCGGCCUUGAACGGGGAGACAUUCAAGUGGGAAGACUGGAUGGAUGAGAGGGUCAUGAAUCCUAUCUAGUGAGAUCUAAAGCGGAACCUGCUCAUCCCUAGCCAAACAUGUACAGUAAUAUAAACACAGAAUUGACGUAGUUUCAGAAACUUAUCAUUGAACUUGAAUUUAAAACCAGCUAGCAAUGUAUACAUAUAUUCUCCAGAGAUAGCUCGUAAUUCCAUAUCUACAAUCGGCCAUCGUCCCGCUGUGUAUGUAGCUAUAGUACCUACAUAAGCGAUGACGCCCGACACUCUCACCACUUUAAAACUCCGCGUAGAAUCUAUCCAGUACCCUUCUAAUCGUCUCAAUAGGUUCCCUCUUUGACGAACUCUCAGAU